AUGCAAAUCAACUCCAGCUCCUCACACUCACACUUAAUCGCCCGACUCUCUUCCCCGGUGCUCCCCCCGCUGUCCAAUGGCGCCCCUCCUCCGCAAUCCGCAACACCCGUGCCGCCGGGCUACCACUUAGCGUACUUUACGCCCGCGUUCAUGGAAAAUGAACUAGGAGCAGAUGGAACGGAUACAUCGUACAACCCAGAUGCGCCAUUCACGCGACGAAUGUGGGCAGGCGGCGAGGUGUUGUGGCCUCGCGGCGCGGAUGGAAACCCCAAUCUGCUGCGUGUGGGACAACAAGUUCAGGAGACAACGCAGGUACUGAGUGCAGAGUCCAAGAUUGUGAAAAAGACGGGCGAAGACAUGAUCGUUGUUGGAGUAGAGAAGGAGUUUGCCAACGAAUCCGGUGUUUCAAUCAUCGACCGACGGAAUUGGGUGUUUCGCAGAGCCAUCCCUGUCCCAUCUAUAUCAGAACCACCUAGCGCCCCUCCAUCGCCAUCGACAUCACACAUCGCAACUCCGAACCCUACCUCAUCCGUUAUCUCCACCGAGGGAAAGACACAUACGCGCACUUUAGUGCAGACACCCGUCACACUGUUCCGUUUCUCGGCCCUCACUUUCAAUCCCCAUAAGAUCCACUAUUCGCUACCCUGGGCCCGCGAUGUAGAAGGACAUAAGGAUAUUGUCGUACAUGGCCCGCUGAAUUUGAUCUCAAUUCUAGAUCUUUGGCGUGACAUUAGGAGUCAGGAUGUGACAGACCCUAGCUUGGUCGUUCCCGAGCGCAUCUCUUACCGAGCAACGAGUCCUCUAUAUGCUGGGGACGAGUAUCGCGUCGUGCUUGAAGAAGGCGAGGAAACAAAGGUGCAGAUUAUCGGACCUGGAGGUGUGGUCGCUAUGAAGGCCGAGAUCCACUAA